AAUAAAAAAUUAAAUUAAAUCUUGAAUCAUUCUUUGUAGAAUUCAAAGCAGAUCCUAUAUUUGAGUAAACCACUUGAAACUCGGAACAAUUCCCAUACUCACACAAACAACAAACUCUCAUCAUUCUUUUUCUCUCUUUCAAACAUCACAACACUCUCUAUUACAUUAGCUUAAAAAAAACGACACCGUUUCGAAGCCUUUGAAGAGAAAAAUGAACAAGAAGAAAAACCAAGUGAACCUGGACGACGAACAAAUCGCCGAACUCCGAGAAAUUUUCCGAUCCUUCGACCGAAACAACGACGGAACCCUAACACAGCUCGAACUAAACUCCCUUCUCCGAUCGCUCGGUUUAAAGCCAAGCGCCGAGCAACUGGAGGGAUUCAUCCAGAGAGCGGACACGAACAACAACGGACUGAUUGAAUUCUCGGAGUUCGUUGCUCUGGUGGCGCCGGAGUUGUUGCCGGCGAAGUCGCCGUACACGGAGGAGCAACUUCGGCAGCUGUUCAGGAUGUUUGAUCGGGACGGAAAUGGAUUCAUAACGGCGGCGGAAUUGGCUCAUUCGAUGGCGAAAUUGGGACAUGCGUUGACGGCGGAGGAGUUGACGGGGAUGAUAAAGGAGGCGGAUAUGGAUGGCGAUGGGACCAUCAGUUUUCAGGAGUUUGCGCAAGCGAUUACUUCGGCUGCUUUUGAUAAUUCCUGGGCUUAAUCUGUGGAUUAGUCUCUAAUCUUUCCGGUAAUAAUUGUAAUACAAUGUGGAACGUUUUAUUAUUAUUGAAACUUUAUUUCUGUUUACAAAUUUUGGGAUUCAAUCAUCAUUUUCAUCUGUAAGUUUGAUUAUUAUAUUGAACUUAGAACAAUGGUAUUGAAGA